UCACGCGGGAUCGGACUACGACGCGUAAUAUUACGUGAUUCUGCCCAAUAUUCGCGUUCCGCGCUUUUCAAAUAAAUUUUUACGUUCAUCGUAUACCUCUUGGAUUUAAAGUGCACACUUCCGGUAAUUCGGUCAAAAUAGUCUCGAAAGUGCAUCUCUACUUUUUGCUCUAAGAUCCAGUGUCGAUGUUGGUGGUAAAAAAACAAUCAGGAAACAAAUGGAAAAUCUUGUGGAAUGCUGGACCUCGAACGGGGGAUUCCCGACACGGGAGCACUGAAAAAGUUUGACGUUCGGAAGAAACGAUUAAAAAACCCAUAACAGGACGGAUGAUAAAGUAAAAAAAAAAACACGAGGAAAUUAGUUGUCCUAAUCGUUCCGACGGUUCUGCAGCUUGGAAUACUUAGCCAGGCAUAUUUUGGAGAAGUUUGCUCACACCGGAAGCAAAAUAAGGAAAAUGGCUGCACGACACGUGUACCUGUGUUUAUUAUACUCGGUUAUAUGGGAAAACUAGGAUCGUCGAGGUGUAAGAGGUUGUGUACGUGGGAUCGAGGCAAAUUACAGUGAUUCGACUGUCGAGUGCAGAGAAUUUCAAUACCGAGAGAUACUCGAGACGUUAUGGGAAAGUGUGCCCUCCUACGUGAUACGUGUUCAUCUCGAUAAAGUGGAGUUACCCUUGUUCUACACACUCGUGACGAUUGUGCACAGUUCUGGCAUAAAUUAAAUCAACAAUUAUCGUGACUCCUUAACGUAAAGAAAAAAUUCAUCAUUCAUCCGCAUUAAAAUAUUUUUUCAUUUCGCAAUCGCAACUCCGAAAAUGUAUUUAAUGCCCGAGGGAACAAGCCUUGGAAUCUUAAAAUCGACGUUAAAACAGAUCUAUUUCGAUAAACGCUAAAAAUCGUCACGUUAUUUUACAAUUUAUAAAUUGAAUUGUUAAACUCCUUAGAAAAAUAGGGAACUUGAUAAAUCCACAAAGAAUAAACGCACACAUACCAAGUCGCAGAGGGUGGCAACUAAUUUUUCCACAAUCUUCUAUUUUCCUUGUGAAUUUUCGUGAUUACGGUGUUAUAACGUAAUAUUCUCUUGUUCCGUAGCCUCGAAGACGGAACUCGAGGACCGAGUGAGCGGCGCGCAACAAAAGGAAACUGUGCGAGGGUAAAAGAAAUAUUUAAAAAACCGCGUAUAAACCGGAGAUUAAAAAAGCUGUUAUACUCCCUUAUUUUUGCUUAUUUCCUCGCUUCUUCAAAGCGAUCCGAUCAAAUAACUGGGAGUGAAAAAAACUAUAAAAUCGCUCGGAGACGUGUUUUUCACGGAAACUUGUUAUUUCGAGUUCCAACAAUGACUGAUAACGAGAGAUAUUUAAGAACAAAGAAGCCACCGCAUUCCCAUCUCUCUCGUUAAUUUAUUCAAAUUCAAUAAUUUCAUCGAUAAUAAAUAACUAUUAUUAAUGUAUUUCUAUAAUAAAAAUUUGAUGGUGCUCGUUUCUCAUUAGAAAAAAAAUCGUGCUCGUAUCUUUUCCUCCGAACCGAAAGUGUGCGCGUCGUUUUUUGUUUUCGUUUUAUUAUUAUUCUUUCGUUUUUGUCAUCAGGGGGCGCCACGUUGGCGCUUUCACGAAAAAAAUCGCAUCAUGAAGGAGAAUCGUCGAAAGUGGUUGCGAGCCAUUUGGCCACUGAUAGCUAUCCUCAGCCAUCAAUCAGAGUGCGCAGCGAAGAGUGGCGGCGGAGGUUCGGUAGUGGAGCAUCAUCAAUCUUCGUACUGGGAACAACCGUUCAGCCAACCGUACUUUGACAACACGACGAAGCGAGAAACCACGACGACUGUCGGUCAAUCUGCUUACCUGCACUGCAGAGUUAGAAAUCUUGGCGAUCGUGCUGUUUCGUGGAUAAGAAAAAGGGAUUUACAUAUUCUUACUGUCGGAAUAUUGACGUACACGAACGAUCAGAGAUUUCAGUCGCUGCACAGCGAUGGCAGUGACGAGUGGACACUGAAAAUUAGUUCUCCGCAGGUCCGAGACAGCGGCACUUACGAAUGCCAGGUCUCGACGGAGCCGAAAAUCAGUCAAGCUUAUAAUCUUAGUGUCGUAGUUUCGAAAGCCAAGAUAGUUGGAAACACUGAGCUUCAUAUCAAGAGUGGCAGUGACAUAAACUUGACGUGCAUCGUUCUUCAAACUCCCGAACCACCGUCCUUCAUCUAUUGGUACAGAGGUGAACACGUGAUAAACUACAGUCAACGAGGAGGAAUAAACGUAGUUACGGAGAAACAGACAAGGACGUCACGAUUGUUGAUUUCACGAGCAUUGCCGGCUGAUUCUGGCAAUUACACCUGCGCCCCAUCGACCGCAGAAUCGGCCAGUGUCCUGGUCCACGUACUCAACGGUGAACACCCGGCGGCAAUGCAGCACGGAAACUCGAGCAAGAGUGGGGCAGCAACGCGCACCCUUGCCCUUUUGCUUCUGCUUAUACAUGCUGGAUCAUUCGCGAGGUGACUGAUCGACGACAGGCAGUAAUAACGUUGCCAGGCUUGCGGCCUCUGUCGUCAUUUGGAUAAACAGUGAUUGCGCGUUAUAUUUGAGUCCUCUCGCAUUCCUAGCCGUUUCCUAUCCCACUAUCUCAUCUCCUUCACCGUAGUGGCGCUUUUCCUUACUCACCUUGGUCCCCCGGGACGUCUUGACUCAAAACUCCAUCGAAGUUUGUCCAUGCGUGUACACAAAUACCGAGCUGCGAUACGGAACAGCUGGAUCGAUGCAACAACCGAGCUCAUUCUCAGCUCGAUGUUCAAACUCCUCGGGGUGUUUUAACAGUGUAAAUAACUGAUUUGGCCAAUCAGCAGUAACUUCGAUCGACACAAACGUUGGAAUGAAAAAAUAUUGAAAACCGGACCGUCCAGUGUUUUCAUUGAGUGAACUUUUAAAUUCCACAAAGGCCUCCUUUCUUAACAGGACGAUUGAGGUCAACCGGAUAGCAUUAACGGACGACUCAACAGCCGUUACUGCUUUCAGUCCAUCGAGGCAUCCUGUGAGAUCUGAAGUAUCCCCACAAGGGUUUUUAGAGCCUACGAGUCGUCCAACUGACCGAACUCUACAGAUCUCAUUGCAAAGCAAAGUCGUAACGACUUUGCUAAAUCUCGCCCGAAGUACGAGAAACAUUCGUAAAUUCCUCAACAAAAGGAAGAAUGAAACUUCAGGAAAUGCUACUCCAACGGGGAGACUCAGACUCCACUGUAAUUAAUUCGAGAGUGCGCUUUGUUCAGAACUCGAAGGAACUGUUACACGUCGUUUAUCCUUCCAACAAAGUGCUUCGAAUCGGAACAGGCGUAGUGACUAAUAAUAAAACUGUGAUUGACGUGUGCAACAAAUUGUUUAUUUUGUUUAUUUCUUCAGUUUUUAUUUUACAAUGGAUCCGUGAUGUACCUUCGAUGUAGAGUGAAUAACAAACGAGCUAGGGUAGACCUGUUGGAAACACAAAGCUUUUGAGGUUAGUGAGAACCGGGCGCGGAUAAAUUUUCGUUUUAGAAAUAAAGUAGAAAAUGUAAAAGUAUACUUGUAAAUAUUUUUUUAUACUCUUUUUCAUUUGAUUUACAUAUUUUCCAUGAAUUACAACGUUCUUCGUAUCCUCAUUUUAUAACGAGAUCCUGUACAGGACAUAAACAAUAUUACGUUUCGGAUUUGGGCAAGUAUUUCGAGUAUAUUCUAUGAUAUGAAAUUUUAAUUGAGCGUUCAAGGUUGAGUAAUAAAGAGGCGUUGAAAGAUUA